AUGCCACAGGACAACAGAUUUAAUUACAGCAACAUCACCUCCUCUGGCAAUGAUUUUGACAAAAGUAUAUCCAUCAGAUAUGCGGUGACACACAUAAUCAUUUGUAUCGGUCUUCCUUUGACCCUCAUGGCCAUCUAUGCUCUUUAUUCUCAGGUGCGAAAUGAUCAUGUUGCUCCGAUCCACGUCAUCAACCUUCUGAUUUCUGAUCUCAUUCAGCUUUGCUGCAUGAUCGUUUGGGUGGCAUCACCUAAGGAUCAGAAGAUUUCUAAAAUUGUAGAGGUUUUUUACCUCUCUGGUCUGGGGGCCAGUGUUUGCUUCAUGGUGUGCGUCGCCCUGGAAAGGUAUUUGGUUGUCGCCUUCCCGCUGUGGUACCGCUUCAGACGAACCAUCAAGACCUCUGUGGUGGUCUGUGUUGUGGUCUGGACUGUUCCUCUUGUCUUGCUCCUCUCUGCAAUUUUCUGGGAUGAUGUUAAGGUCAUAUGCGCUAUCUUCAGCGUUUUCCUCCUCCUUCCCUUCCCACUGUUGAUAUUCUUCCUUGGUGGGACCCUCAAAGCCCUGUCUGCCAGCCGAGUCCCCUCUGAUGAAAAACAACGAAUUGUGGGAGUUUUGGUCCUGGUGCUGCUUAUUUACACUCUGCUGUUCAUGCCCGUAAUCAUUGGGUUAGUAGCAGAGGGAGCAAGAAGUAACGUCACCUUCAGAAACCUGUCUGUCAUCUUUGUUAGAUUAAGUCCUCUUGCAGACUUAGUUCUGUAUGUUUUCAUGAGGAAAGGGACCAUAGACAAGCUUUUGGCCUCUGUGUGUUGUUGCAGAAUGAACAGCAAUGAUAUCAGCAGUUCAUCAGUAUGA